AUGUCUUUGCUAACGCCGCUAUUAAAAUCAGAAAAUAUUAAUAAUGAUGAUGGUGAUGGUGGGAUUAACACCAAACCAGAUAAUAAUUUGGAAAUCAAACACUUAUCAAAAUAUUUUAUAUUGAUAGCCAUUUCAUAUUAUCUUGACAACUUAAGCAAGGACAAAGGCGAGAAAUAUAUGACAUUUAUGCCCCAUAAUGGAUUUCAUAAUCAAGUAAGAGGAUUAGAAAAUGCUAUAGUUGUGGCUUGGUCCCUUAAUAGAACAUUAAUCCUACCACCUGCUCUACUUGGAAUUAGAUUUCCAUACAAUGAUAUAAAACGCAUGGCAAAACAUCUAAAGGCUGAACCUGUUGAUUCAAUUUGCGGAAAUAUAAAGGCGAAGGCUAAAAAACAAAAAUGCCAAACGUUCCAUAGUUCAUACACACUUUAUCCAUUUGACCAAAUAUUCGACUUUACAUUUAUCAGACAACAUGUAAAAGUCAUCAAUAUACCAAAUUACAAUGAUCAAACAAUUUUUGAAAUGUUAAAUAUCACCGAGCCAAGAAAAGAAGCAUAUUUCUCAAUUACCAGUAAACAAAAUAAUGUAUUAUAUGACACUGAAACAAAACCAGACCUUGACAAUAUCAAGGGUGGCAAUCUUAUAAUACCUCAAUCAUUAGAAGAACUCAAGAAACGUCCCGAAAAGCUUUUGUAUUUUGGCAGUUUAUUUGGCUCACAUAGAGUUAUGCUUCGUUUGACACCAUCAAGAGAGUUUUUUAAAGAAUUAAAGCAAUCACUUGUACCAAUCAAUCCAUCAAUGUUAAGUGUGGUGUCUUCUAUAGUUGAAAAAUUGGGUGGUGCUGGCAAAUAUAUUUCAGUUCAUGCCAGAGGUGGUGAUAGCGAUUUUAGGAGAGGAAGAGAAAUAAAUUUUGCCAAUUUAAUAGAAAAUAUCAACAAAGAAUUUCCAGAAGUCUCAAGAUACUCGUCAUCUUUGGAAGAAUGUCCGCUUAAUUUUACUGAACCUAGGGACGAGAAAAAUAGAAUAUUAUAUGUGGCCAGUGAUCUUGAUAGAAACCAUGAAUCAAUGAAAGUAUUCCUGGAAGAAUUUCCUUGUCUGAAAAUGCUCCCUGAUUACACUGAUCAACUUAAACCUUACGAAUAUUUUAUAAAUCCUGUAGAUAAUAAAGUAAUGUAUAAAUAUUUAAUACCUUUGACUGAUCUUAUGGUGGCUGCUAAUGGCCUCAAAGUAUUUACAAUUAAGAUAAGUACAUAUGGUGCUUAUAUGCAAAGAUAUCAUUCUAUUUUAUCCAAAAACUUUUAA